AUCCAUAUCUCUAUCACGGAUUCUCACCUCCUGUAUAUGGGUAUUCGUUUUGUCAGGAGAAUCAAGGCACGUUAGUUUGGCUUGAUCUAUCCCCUUCAUAAUCUCAUAUUAUCCCGCGAGUUAUCAAACGACCUACCCUUUCCAGCUCAAGCUCCCUUGCCAAUUACCCCCAAAUCUUGCUACUAUCCUCCGCGCUCCAAUAUAAACCCCAUAAUCUAAAGCCUUUAAGACACUUAUUAGCUUCAGUUUUCAGUCUAUAUCCCACCUCAUCCCGCGCUACUAGACGUCAUCACUUGACAAUGGCGCCCUCCGCAAUGGCUGAUAUCGCACCAAUGCAGUUACCCGUUUACUCGAAACAUUCGAACAAGGUCAAUGCUUCCGUUUUGCAUGGGCCUCGAGAUCUUCGAUUGGAAGUGAGAAAUAUCGAGGAGCCAGGCCCUGGUGAGCUACAAAUUGCUGUCAAGUCCACGGGCAUCUGUGGCUCAGAUGUCUCCUACUACAAGAAGUUCGCCAAUGGAGAUUUGUGCGCUUGUGCUCCACUCUCCCUAGGACACGAAUCGUCCGGCAUGGUGGUGGCUAUCGGGCCCCAAGUCAAUGGAUUUAGAGUUGGUGACCGUGUCGCCUUAGAGGUUGGUGUCCCAUGUGGCCAAUGUGGUAUCUGCAGACAAGGCAGGUAUAACCUGUGCAAGAGGAUGCGAUUCAGGAGUAGUGCCAAAAGUGUCCCCCACUACCAGGGGACUCUCCAGGAGAGGAUAAAUCAUCCGGCCAAUUGGUGCCAUAAGCUUCCCGAGCAUGUCUCCUUUGAGGCUGCCGCUCUUCUUGAGCCGCUCUCUGUUGCGAUUCAUGCUGUAAAUCGUGCCAGUCCCGCGCCGGGCUCUACGGCUCUAGUUAUCGGUGCUGGAACAGUAGGUCUUCUGACUGCCGCCAUGGCGCGACAGUCUGGUUGCACAUCUGUCACUAUCACUGAUAUAGACGCUGGGCGUGUUAACUAUGCCGUGGAAAAGGGCUUCGCCACCCACGGCUUUGUUGUCCCUCAACCACUACAUACGUCAUCUAGUGGCUCAUCCAUCUUCACGAAUUCUGGAAGUUCUACUCCAUUGGAACCUGGCACUAUGACGCCCGCAAGCUUAUUUCCCAGCACCAUUCAUGACCAACUUGGAUGUGCUAAAAGUCUGGCGUCGGAAAUCCUCUCCUUAACAAAAGUUCCGCCUAAUUUGCGGGAUGAGGACGAAGACGAGGGAGUCGACGUAACGUUUGAGUGCACUGGCAAGGAGGCAUGUAUGCAUACGAGUUUGUACGCUACUCGACCCGGUGGUAAGGUCAUCAUGGUUGGCAUGGGUACUCCGAUACAGACUCUCCCGAUGUCUGCCGCACACCUCAGAGAAGUGGAUAUCCUAGGAAUUUUCCGAUACGCAAACACUUACGGGACUGGCGUGAGAUUACUCUCUACUCAAGGACACGGCGGGGUAGGCUUCGCUUUUCCAAACCUGGACGACAUGGUAACCCAUAAGUUCAAAGGCCUUGGUGCUGCGAAAAAGGCGUUCGACCUUGCUGGCAAAACUAUGGAUGAUGACGGUAAUCUUGUAUUGAAAGUCGUCAUCGAGGUCUAGUGUUCGCCUAUUCCAUAGCUUGCGAUAUACAGGCUAGUGUUAGGAUCUCGAAUACCCUUCUCAUGACCACUUCCUUUUACAGAUUCUUAGCAGCGGUAUAGAAUAUUGACGAAGAAAUGGAAAGCAUAAAGACGCGGGUGGCAUUGCACUGAUGAUUCGGGGAAGCAUAGCUUUUUUAUGAGCGGCUCGGAUGCCCGGUAAUGAAAAGUAUUACUGCAAAUUAGAACCGAGGCGCAAACCUGACAUCGGUUCGCUGGCUGGUCCCAGAUAAUUUUCCUUGGUCGUUUCUCUUGUGCUUCCAUUAUGUUACAUAUUACAUUCCCAUCACGGCAAUGCAUGAGAUUGGGUAGACCGGAGCCCUUAAGGCCGGCUGGUGUGGCACGAAACUGAACACUGACGGCAUUCGCAUUGGAUGCAGAUACGUACUAUCCAUGUCGUUUAUGUCCCGACGAUAGCGGCUAUUAUUAGUUAGGUAGUUACCUUAUCUACCUAUACUUCCUCAAAU